AUGAAGAAGGCGCGGAUCCGUGAAGAGAGAAAGAAGAGAAAAUCCCUCCCCGGCCCCUCAACGACUCGGAAGUCGUUACCGAUGGUGUCAACGGAUAUUGGUGGUAUCCCACAGAAUGCAGUCGCAGUCGCAUCCGCCCAGGCCCCGACUUCGGAAUCCAGCGGCCACGUAAAUAAAAAGGCCAAAAUAUCUUCGUCUUCCUCGAUUACGCCAAUCGACUGCAUCUACCAGACCGACAAGGAUCUCUUCGCACACCUACGACGCAUCAAAGCGCGCCAUAGACGGCAGUUCACUGGAACGUACUCCGUCAUAGCUGACCCGAAGAUACGUGCCUCCGAGUGUGUUGACAGUGUGUUCGAUGCCCUUGCGCAGCAUGCGGGCGUGCGAGGCUGGUUCAAUAUCGGUUAUUCUACCGGUCCAUUGGGUCAUGGAAGCCAAUACCUCUGUUCGUGUACUCAGACUUGCGGCGGCAAGAUCGACGUCCGCGUGGACGAAGAUAAUACCCAUCCCCUCUUCUCCGGACAGAAGAUCACUGUAGAAAUUAAACAUUGA